AUGUCUUGUAUUGGAUCUAUCUAUCUAUCUCCCCCCAAGGCUGUUCAUAUCUAUCUAUCUAUCUAUCUAUCUACCUAUCUCAGUGUUGUGUUGAAUAUCUAUCUAUCUAUCUAUCUAUCUAUCUAUCUAUCUAUCUAUCUAUCUAUCUAUCUAUCUAAAGACAUUUUUAUUCUGGCGUGCCUUACCGCUCGGCUCUCUCUCUCUCCCUCCCUCUCUCUCUCUCCCUCUCUCUCCCCCUCUCCCCCCUCUCUCUCUCAAUUGUCUUGUAUUGGAUCUAUCUAUCUAUCUAUCUAUCUAUCUAUCUAUCUAUCUAUCUAUCUAUCUAUCUAUCUAUCUAUCUAUCUUUUGCUCCUGAUCUUUCUCAGUGUAUUGAAUAUCUAUCUAUCUAUCUAUCUAUCUAUCUAUCUAUCUAUCUAUCUAUCUAUCUAUCUAUCUAAGGCUGUUCAUAUCUAUCUCAACCUGUCUGGAUCCAUGAUGUUCUCAUACACGUCCGAAUAA